AUUCCGAAUCGUUUAAAGAAGAUGGCGGCACAGACAACGAACGGGAUCCGGCUGAGUGCGCUGUGCCCGAAAUUUUUACACACCAACUCGACCAGUCACACCUGGCCUUUCAGUGCUGUUGCUGAACUAAUAGAUAAUGCCUAUGAUCCUGAUGUCAAUGCAAAACAAUUGUGGAUUGAUAAAACCACCAUGAAAGGCCACAUGUGUUUGACGUUUACGGACAAUGGUAAUGGCAUGAAUCUUGAUAAACUCCAUAAAAUGCUCAGCUUUGGCUUCAGUGAUAAAGUAGCGGUUCACGGCCAUGUUCCAGUCGGACUUUAUGGGAACGGCUUCAAAUCUGGAUCCAUGCGACUGGGGAAAGAUGCCAUCGUAUUUACUAAAAAUGAUUCUGGCAUGCAUGUGGGCAUGUUAUCCCAGACCUUCUUGGAGAAGAUCGGUGCAGAACAUGUCAUGGUCCCAAUAAUAUCGUUCAAUAAACACAGGCAGCUUGCAAAUACGGCAGAUUCUGACGCUAACCUGGAAGCAAUCUUAAAACAUUCACUGCUUUCAAGUGAAAGGGAAUUGUUGGCAGAACUAGACGCCAUUAUUGGUAAGAAGGGGACAAGAAUAAUUAUAUGGAGAUUGCGCAGGGAGAAACGUGGAUCUCCAGAGUUUGAUUUUGAGUCUGAUAAGUAUGAUAUCAGGAUUCCUGAGGAGAUUGACGGCACGCUGAAAAGAGGUUACAAAAAGCAGGAAAGAGUUGACCAGAUUGCUCCUGACAGUGAUUAUUCUCUGAGAGCAUACUGUAGCAUUUUGUAUUUAAAGCCACGGAUGCAGAUUAUUUUACGUCAACAGAAGGUUCAAACACAGUUGGUCUCUAAAAGUCUUGCACACAUAGAGAAAGACGUCUACAGGCCCAAAUUUCUUGCUCCCAAAACAGUGAAAAUUACAUUUGGAUAUAACUGUCGCAAUAAGGAGCAUUAUGGAAUAAUGAUGUACCAUAAGAACAGACUCAUCAAAGCCUAUGUCAAGGUGGGCUGCCAGUUAAAGGCAAACAAUAUGGGAGUCGGUGUUGUUGGAGUCAUUGAAUGCAAUUUUUUAAAGCCAACUCACAAUAAGCAAGAUUUUGACUAUACAAAUGAUUACAGACUUACUCUAACUGCACUAGGAGAAAAGCUUAAUGACUACUGGAAUGAAAUGAAAGUGAAGAAAAAUAUUAACCCACAAAGUGUUCCUGUAGAAGAUACACAGAAAAAACCUGAUCAGAAUUGGGUUCAGUGUGAUUCUUGUCUUAAGUGGAGAAAACUCCCGGACGCAAUGGGAAGACUUCCUAUGAAGUGGUAUUGCUAUAUGAACCCUGACCCACAGUUCAGAGAUUGCAAUGUACCAGAGGAACCUGAAGAUGAUGAUGAAAUCACACACUCCACAUAUGAGAAAACAUAUAAAAGAAGAAAAUCUGAACAAAAUCAGCAGGCCUAUGAAAAAACAACAAUUCUUUUUACUCCGCCGAAUAAAGACAUUCAGCCGGCGGUGAGCUCAAUGCAAAGAAUGUAUAAUAAUGCCACUCUGCCGGUGAGAACUCUUGGGAUGAGUCCAGAAAAUAGAUCUCCAGGGAUAAGUUUGGAAAAAUUUUCUGCCAAUGACAGAAAUAAGCGUUCGCUGUCUAGUGAACGAUCCCCAAUCACUGUUAAAAAGCCAAGGACUUCUGAAACAGACACUAUAGAGUUGACAGAUUUGGAUGAGAUUGAUGAUGGGGAUGUCAUCAUCCUAGAAGAGAACAGCACCCCAAAGCCCAAAAAUGAAAAUGGAAAAAGUAAAAGCGAAUCAAAUCUCAGCCCUAUCACCAUGGAUAUUUUGGAUGCUAACUCGCCAGACAGAGCAAAUUCAAGCGAUACCAUUGCAGUAGCCACCCAGACUGAAAGAGUAAGUUUGACGAUUAAAAAGGAAGAAGAGAACAGUAAUAAUCCAGACUGCCAAGAAAACGAAGGGCUCAACUACUGCAAUGGGACGGAAUCGCAUGACGACCCAGAACAGCAACCAGAUAAAGAGCAAAGUGUGAACAAAAGUGUGAACACGUUAAACCAUGAGACAGAACAUUACAAAAGACAAUGUAAAUCUCUGGAAUGGGCAGUGAAAGACUUACAGAGUCAGCUGGUUGAUACUAAGAAUAAGUAUUUGAAAACAGAGGUUUCCCAUCAGUUCACGCAAACCGAUGCUUGCUCUACAUACACUCCAGAAAAUUCUUCAAAACAGCUCGUUGCACAGUAUGAGCAGGCCUUGAAAGAAAUCAGCAGGUUAAAAAUUCAGUGUAACACGCUACAGCAACUGAAAGCAGAGCCUGAUGCCAACAUUGAAAACAAAGUAAAAGACACCAGUGAAGUAGAUGACAUGGCAGAACAACUUGAUGGUGUCUUCAGACAGCUCGAUGAGUGUUGCACUGAGCGUGAUGGCUACAAAAGUCAGGUAGAAAAAUUAAAGCAAGAAAACACAAGAUUACAUUCUCAAAACAGCCAGCUGGAGACUGAGGUUGAACAAAUGAAAGUCUUGAUUCAAGAGAUGAACAGCAAAGAGACUGCCACAACCAGCACAGCAGGGGAGUCAGAGGAAAGCUUGAAGUUACGAACACUCCGGGUCAACGUUGCCCAGCUCCUAACUACACUGAUGCCAGAUCUGGAUAUUCAACAGAUAAACUAUGACGUCGAUGUCAUCGAUGACAUUUUAACACAGGUGUUGGAACAAACAGAGAAACAAGCCAGUGGGAAUGAAUAGUAUUUGGGGGAUCUCAUAAUCCCAUUUGACGGCAGAAUGAUCGUUGUAUAAACAUUCUCGGUUCUCGCUGCUAAAAACUGCCUCCUCAAACCUCUCUGACAAGUCGAGGGACUAGUGACAAAAAAUUUCCAAGCAAAAACAUAUUUUUGGAAGAAUAUGACUUUAUACACUCACCUGUUACCUCAGUUUUUUUUAUAUAUACAGAUUUCCAGGUGUUGAAUAACUAACUUUAUUUUUUCACUAAUGUUAACUUGUAAAUUGAAGCAUGGCAGAAUGCUAAUAUUCAGUGGAAUGUGGGCAGACUUCAUAUUAUUCAGAUAUUUUUUAAACAAAUGUGUAACAUAUAUGACCUGUAUAUAAUUCUGUAUACAUAUUCUACAGCUUGUCUCUUGAGAUAAUACGCUUACUCCUGUCCUAGUCACUUUUUUGUGGUUUAAAAAGAUUCAUAGUAAAAAGAAAGUAUCAUUAAAUUGUAAUUCUUCGUUAUUUAAUUGGUUUAUGCAAUUAUUUAUCUAAUUUCUUAAAUUUUAAUUAUGUUUAUAUUUCCCUCUAUCAUCUCCCCCUGGCAUUUUGAGCGAUCUUGGGUCAGAAUCAGCCUGUAUCAGACUCCUGCCUGCCCGGCCUCUGCUCAAUCACAGAGAAGAGCAUCCGUCAUCUCUCCAGCAUGCUGAGCCCAUGGUACUCACUACCAGCUG